UCCUCCGAUCAUGGCCGGCGACGGCGGAUGGGCUGAUCUCCCUGUGGAUCUCUUCUCCCUCAUCUUCUCCAAACUCUCCCUUCCUCAUUUGUUUCGCUCCGCCGCCGUCUGCGUCUCGUGGUCGGCCGCCGCCCACGAGGUGCGCACGCGCAGCGGACGCCUCGUGUUCCAGGGGCAGAGCCCCUGGCUCAUGUUCGGCGGCGGCCGCCGCGGCGACCCGUCCGCCGCCACCUUCUACAGCUUCUACGAGCGAAGGGAAUACACCAUCGCCCUCCCGGACCCUCCCAUAAGCCGCCGGCUCCUUAUCGGCUCCGCUCACGGUUGGGUCAUCACAGCCGACACCUGCUCGGGGUUGCUCCAACUACUGAACCCGAUCACCGGCGCGCAGAUCGACCUCCCCUCCAUCCUCUCCUACAAUCACAUCGACCUCAUCGACAGCGACGGCGAGGACUGCAUUAUCCGAACACGUCAACGCAUUGCAGUGACUAAAUCGCUGCUGGGGUAUAUUCACCUCAAAGCAACCCUAUCUGCCGAUCCCUCGCUGGGAGGUGACUACAUCGUCGCGCUCGUCCACCAUCUUCUCCCCGGCAUCUCUUUCACCUUAUCCGGCUACCAGAGCUGGUUCUGGCUAACCGACUCCGUUGAGAUUCAGGACAUUCUCUUCCACGACGGCAAACUGUACGCGACCACGAUCACCGGAUCCGUGCGAGUUUGCGUAUUCGACGACGCCCAACUUCGACGUGGCAAUAUUCCCAGAUUUAAAUCGGUGGUUCCGAGGAAUGAUGGUUCUUACCACUUUCACUACCUGGCCGAGACUCCCCGAGGAGAUCUCUUGAACAUUCGGAGGAAGAGGGACAGAUAUCGCGGCACCGCCUUCGCCGAGGUUUACAGGUUACUACUGGAGGAGAAGAGAAUAAGUAGAAGAACAGAACAAAUGAAGGACUUGGGAGAGUUGAUCAUCUUCUUGGGCAGCAACCACCCGCUUUGCCUCUCUGCAUCCGAUUUCCCACACUUGACGCCCAAUUCCAUAUAUUUUACCGACGAUCUGAGACUCGUUGACCGUCGUCGAAUGAGCAUGAGCAUCAAAGAACGGAUAGGUCCUGACGUCGGCAUCUACAGCAUGACCGAUCACACGUACACGCGUAUCUUUCCGGGCGAUCUUCGAUUGAACUGGCCGCCUCCUGUUUGGUUCAAACUGGAUUAAUUCUGUUUCAGAUGAUUACUGAUCAUUUGUAUUCAAAAAUAGAGGAUAGAUCCGUAGCUUCUCAAUCGUUAUAUAUGUAAGGAUUUUGAUAAGAAAAAAGAUCGGAUAUAUCUUUCUUUCUCCAAAAUUAAAAUUCGGGUGCAGAUGAUCUAGAAAUAAGCAUCACUUCUAGGCUUUCGAUCAGUUAAAAUACAGGAACACAGAUCUGAAACAGCGAUCUCAGACGUAAGCUUUACACGAUAUGAUAGUCGAAGCAAAACCCAUACAAGAGUCGACAA